AUGUGGGCAAUAAGAAGCUUGCAAAAGGCUUUGUUCGGAGAUCGAUCUAAAGAGUCUAUAACCGAGAUCGCGAAAGGCCAGCUCUAUGUCGUGCGCCCAAUCUCACCCAAGGGUUUCUCCGAAUUGAUCUACCGAGAUGCUGUUGCUUCUAUCAGAAGAACAUCCCAGGACUACAACUACGAGCUAGUCAUUCAGAGAGCCUAUGAAGAAGGCGAGGAAGAUUUGGAGGACUCAGAUGAGGAGGGUGGAGGUCUUGACAACGACGAGAAGACAUUUCUGCUCGACAAAGCACUCCAUUUUCGAUCUGCUCAACGUGAAGGGAGUGGAUGGGUCCUGGCAUGGCGCGAUUUAAGUGGUGACACCGGCGACCUAUACGAGUUCAUAUGCGAUGACUCGAUUGCUGAGGAGGAUGUCAAGAACUUCACCUUUGCUGCGAUGGAAUGUCAAUACGAGCGAAAAUACCGAAAACCCUCCAAGGCCGAUGACCAUGACCUGAAAGAGUUUGAGUUUGAUGAGGAGGAUCCUAUACCAAGCGCUACCUCACUGGCAGGCUCUACAGAGUUACCACCCACUUCCAAACAAGCAGCUGAGCACAUGGCAAAGGAGGUCAAGGACAGAAAGAAAGAACCUAAGUCUACGGCGCCGGAGAGCUUCGACGCGGUCCAUGGCCCUACACAAGCACCAGCUGCACGCAAGGCUCCUGAAGCACUUGAAAUUUUCACACAGAAACAAGCAGAACUGCAUCUCUUCGACUUUGAGAGUGGCAGCUUCGUACUUCAGGAUUCUGCUGUCAUCGCUACUGUGUCUGAAAUAGGCACCUGGAGGUAUUGGUUGCAAAUUACUGGUGGUCAUGGCAAAGAGUGGCUUGGCCAGCCAGUGGUCGCCGAUAUAGGUCCAGUCUUCAAUUUCGAAUAUCUCUCUUUCAUCUUUAACCAUUACGCCGACGAUGGCUCAGCCUACUCGUGGCUAUUACGAUUCAAAGAUCAGCCAACUUUGGAAGCUUUUCAAGAGGGUGUUAUGAGGGCUCUAUGGGAGCUCUUAAACGAGAUGAAGUGGUCGAAAGUUCAAAAACAGGAUCGGGACUAUGUAAUUGAGGCUUUCAAUGACCUAACUAUGGACGAUCCAAACGUAGAACAGGAGGAAGAGGACGAAGAGGACGAAGGAGAGCCAGACUCUCCACCUCAGCAGAGCGAGCAUUACGACGAGGACGAAUCUGAAGACGACGUCGAACUGCAUGACAAAGACGGGUAUGCGAAUUCUCAGCUUGCUGUUGGAUCCAAGUACGACAGAUCCUUUGUUAUCCGCGGUUCCAAAAUUGGCGUCUUCAAGCAUCUUCCUAAUAAACACCUCGAAUUCUCGACUAAUAUUUCCAAAGUCGAGACUCCAAAAGGUAAAACAUUUAGCCCAAAAAAGGUUAUGUUGCACAACGAGGACGAGAGCAUGAUUCUGCAGAACCCUGACAAUCCAGGCUCCUUGUACAGAAUGGACCUUGAAUACGGCAAGGUUGUCGACGAAUGGAAGGUUCGUGACGAUAUCCCAGUCAUCAAUUUUGCACCAGAGACCAAAUUCGCCCAGAGAACGAUGAACCAGCCAUUUGUCGGUCAUUCCAAGAACGCCCUGUUCAAAAUUGACCCGCGUAUCGCGGGCAACAAACUUGUCGAGGAACAACUCAAGCAAUACGCGUCGAAGAACGAUUUCUCCGCGGCAGCCACAACGGAGAAGGGCCAUAUUGCUGUUGCAUCGAACAAAGGUGAUGUUCGGCUGUUUGAUCGGAUUGGUGUGAACGCGAAGACUCUGAUUCCAGCGCUUGGUGAAGCUAUCAUUGGGUUAGACGUGAGCGCUGAUGGUCACUGGCUUCUAGCAACCUGCAAAACAUACCUGCUUCUGAUUGAUUGUCUUCAAAAAGAAGGUAAGAAUGAAGGAAAACUGGGCUUUGAAAGAUCUUUCGCAAAGGAUAGCAAGCCUCAACCUCGACGUCUUGCCAUGAAACCAGAGCACGUGGCUCAAUUCAAGCACGAAACAGGCAUAGAUCUUGCCUUUACCCCAGCAAAAUUCAACGCCGAUCCAGAAGGUAAGGAAACAAGCAUAAUCACCUCCACUGGUCCUUUCCUUGUCACCUGGUCUAUGAGAAAGAUCAUCGCAGGUCAACGCGAUCCGUACCACAUCAAGCGCUACAGUGACCAGGUCAUUGCCGACAACUUUGAAUUUGGUAGUGAUAAGAAUGUCAUCUUGGCUUUACCAAAUGAGGUCGACAUGGUGUCAAGGAAGGCUUUCAAGAAACCGACACGGGAGAGCAUAGCAGGCGAAGUUGCGAACAGCAGACUAAGUGCUGGAGCGUACUCAACUCCACGGAAGAGUGUACGAGGACGUGCUAGCCACCUUCGCAACGAGAUCGUCAACAGUCCUUACUAG